CCGGCUACGAAACAUGGCGGCACCCAUGGUCCGGACCACAUUUGGGAGGGGGACCGUACGGCACUUCCGUUCGGGUGCAGCUACUUCACCAGCGGGCGCCGCGCGGGCUUCGGGGAUGGGGUCCCGCGGCCUGGCGCGGCUCCACGGGCUCUUCGCGGUCUACAAGCCCCCGGGGCUGAAAUGGAAGCACGUGCGGGACACCGUGGAGCUGCAGCUUCUGAAGGGUGUCAAUGCUGGGAAGGCUCCCGCUCCUGAGCAGCGUGUUCGUUUCCUGCUGGGUCCCGUGGGGGACGGUGAAGAGAAGGCGCUUACUCUCACCGCCACCAGUGUGCCCACCCUCACCAACCAUCCGCUGGUCUGUGGACCAGCAUUCACCAGCCUGAAGAUUGGCGUGGGACACCGGCUGGAUGCCCAAGCAUCUGGGGUGCUUGUGCUCGGCGUGGGACAUGGAUGCAGGCUUCUCACCAGCAUGUACAACGCUCACCUCACCAAGGAUUACACAGUACGGGGCCUCCUGGGCAAAGCCACAGAUGACUUCUGUGACGAGGGGCGGCUGGUGGAGAAGUCAACGUACGAUCAUGUGACCAGAGAGAAGCUGGACCGAAUCCUGGCCCUGAUCCAGGGUUCCCAUCAGAAGGCCCUGGUGAUGUACUCCAACCUGGACUUGCAGACCCAGGAGGCCUAUGAGAUGGCUGUGAGAGGCUUGAUCCGGCCCAUGAACAAGUCCCCAAUGCUGGUCACGGCCAUCCAGUGCAUCCACUUUGCGCCUCCGGAAUUCCUCAUACAGGUGCAGUGCAUGCAUGAGACACAGAAGCAGCUGAGAAGGCUGGUGCAUGAGAUCGGCCUGGAGCUGAAGACCACCGCCGUCUGCUCCCAAGUGCGGCGCACACGGGAUGGCUUUUUCACCCUAGAUGAUGCUCUCCUGAGGACCCAUUGGGACUUAGAUAGCAUCCAGGAUGCCAUCCAGGGUGCAGCUCCCCGGGUGGCCGCAGAGCUGGAGAAGAGCUUGGGGCCAGGGCUGGGCACGCAGCAGCUUCAGGGUCCUGGCCAGCCCUGGGACUCUAGGGAGCCGAGCUCUGCCUUGGGGCCAGAGAGCUGUGCUGGGCAUUGACAGACCCUGCGGCUGGCCUGGCGGGACAGUGGAUGGAUAAGAAUUGUUCAUGAGCUGGAACAGAUAACUGCGGAAUGCAAGAGUAAGGGAAGCUUUUCUACAUGUGACAGAAACGUCUGAAACUGUAAGAAAGAAGAUCAACAGACUUGACCCCACGGAAAAGGAAAAACUUUUCCUAUGGAGGAACA